CUCAGUUCUGCAAGCUUCACACCUCUUGCAGUAUAUAAACCCCGAGGACUCUGCAGAGGGGAAAAGACAUCCGAGUCUCAGGAUGGAGCGCCUGCUAUCCGGACCCGGCUGGAGACGAGAAGAGCGCCGCUAUCCUCCGGCUCCAUCACCACCACCAGCGCACAUCACAAGGACACCUGCCCUCAGCAUGGCCCUCAGCAUGGCAUCAGCCCCCAAACCAGGCCACAGCUCGCGGCAGUUCCCGCCUGAAAUGCCUCUAGCGAUGAGCAACGAGAAAGAAUCGCUUCGCGGGCUGAACGACCGAUUCGCGGGCUUUAUCGAGAGGGUGCAUCGCCUGGAAAGCCAGAACAGAGCGCUGGAGAGGGAGAUCGAGGACAUCCGACUGAAAGCCAAGUCGUCCGCGUCUUUGGCCGAGCAGUACGAGCCGGGGCUGCAGGAGCUGAGGAGGCAGGUGUGUGAGAUGGCCGUGCAGAAGCAUCAGAUGGAGCUGGAGCAGAAGCGUGUGGAGGACGAGUUCAGGGCGCUCAGGGAGAAAUGCCGGGAUGAAGCGCGCAGCAGGGCUGAAGCCGAGGAGAGCGUUUCCGCGCUGAGGAAAUACAUCGACAGCGCGAAUUUAGCCGAGCAGGAGAUGGACAGAAAGGCGAAGGCUCUGACAGACGAGAUCGAGUUCCUGAAGAGAAACCACGAGGCUGAAGUGACAGAUAUCCUGACGCGAAUGAAGGAGGCGCGAGUUCCCGCAGAAGUGAGCGGCUUCGGGAAAGGCGAGCUGACCGCAGCGCUCAGGCACAUCAGGACACAGCUGGAGGCUCGCGCGGUCUGUCUGGACACGCACUCCGAGCAGCGCCUCAGCACACAGCUGGCCAAGCUCACCAAAGCCGCGGAGAGCGACAGAGACGCGCUGAUGGCCACCAAAGCUGAGAUCAGCCAGUACAGAAGGCAGCUGCAGACCAAGAACGUGGAGCUGGAUUCCGUCAGAGGGAUGAAAGGAGCUAUGGAGAGGCAGCUGUAUGACCUCGAGCAACGACACACAGCCGAAAUCCAUCACUACCAGGACACCAUUAGAGAGCUGGAACAAGAGCUGAAAAACACCAAAGACGACAUGAGCAGCCACGUGCAAGAGUAUCAUGAUCUGCUAAAUGUGAAAAUGGCCUUGGAUGCUGAAAUCUAUUCGUACAGAAAAUUGCUGGAGGGCGAGGAGUCAAGAUACUCCACCCUUUCUGACACACAGAUACCAGUGCCUUAUGUUUACAGGCAGUCACCCAUCUAUACUCUGCCUAGCAUCCCAAGGAUGGCGGGAGUCACUCGGAAAGCAGAACCACAGUACAAGUUUGUCGAGGAGAUCAUUACAGAGACGACCAGUGAAGACAUUGAGAUAUCAGACACUGGGUCUGAAGAUGCUGAAGAACUAAUGGAUGGGGAUAAAGUGUGUAUUGAAAAAGAGCAUGCAAGUGCAGGAGGAGAAAGUGAAGCAGAUUUAGAAGAAACAAAGUCCCAAGAAUCAGGUGCAGAGGAUAAUGCAGGCAGCUCAGUUGCAGAACAACUGGACAAUAAAGAGAAACCUACAGAACAGGAAGAACAACCACUAAAAGAGUCUACAGAUAUUUCUGUGGAUCUCAAGGAAUGUGACAUGGACACUGAACUAGCCCAAGAUAGUUUAAAUGCAUCUAAAGAAACUGGAGAGAAAGAUACAGAUAAUAUUUACAAACAAGAUAAUGAAACAGACUCCAAAACAAAGGAAACAGAAUUGGAUACGAAAAAAGAAAAAACAAAAGCAGAUAUUAGUAGUGAUGUCGAAGAAAAGGUAGCUCUUGACAUUGAAAAUGUGAAACAGGACAUAGCGAAAGAAAUAGACCAAGCCACUAAUGAAGAACCAAAGCCAACAGUGCAAACAGCUAGGCAGGAGGCUAUUACCGAGUCAGCAAAAACUCCCACAGAGGAGACUCCAGAGUUUGAUGAUGUAAAGGUAAAAACAGAGUCACAUCAUGUAGUUAAGCCUGAAGAUUCCUCUAACAUAAAAACACAAAACAUAGACAGAGAAACUAGUGAGAUGAACUCUAUGGAGGUGGACACAUCCUCUGCUGACCAACAGCCAGUAUGUCAAAAAGGUGAGGCAAAACAAGAGACACCUCCUGACAGCAAAGCAGAUUCAAAACAGAGUGUCGAAACGUCACAAGCUGAUGUACUCAAUAUCACUAAAGCAGCGAGUGCACAGGAUAAAGAGGGGGAGAUGAAAAAAGAACUGGCAGAGAAAGUAAAGACAGAGGCACCAGUUCAAAGCGAAGUAAAAGAAAUAGAAUCUAAAGAGGAUAAAAAAGAGGACAUUACAGAAACCGUGGAACCAGAAAAGCGACCAGAAGAAACACCAAAAACACAAGAGGAUGUUUCCAAAGAUCACCCCAAAGAAACAAAAGUUGAACCAUCUGAAAUAAAAGUCACAUCCCCUGCUGACCAACAGCCAGUAUGUCAAAAAGCUGAGGCAGGACAAGAGACACUUCCUAAGAGUGAAGCAGACUCCAAACAGAGUGUCAAAACACCACAAGCUGAUGUACUCGAUAUCACUAAAGCAGCGAGUGCACAGGAUAAAGAGGCGGAGAUGAAAAAAGAACUGGCAGAGAAAGUAAAGACAGAGGCACCAGUUCAAAGCGAAGUAAAAGAAAUAGAAUCUAAAGAGGACAAAAAAGAGGACAUUACAGAAACCGUGAAACCAGAAAAGCGACCAGAAGAGACUUUAAAAACACAAGAGGAUGUCUCCAAAGAUCACCCCAAAGAAACAAAAGUUGAACCAUCUAAAAGAAAAGUCACAUCCCCUGCUGACCAACAGCCAGUUCAUCAAAAAGCUGAGGCAGGACAAGAGACACUUCCUAAGAGUGAAGCAGACUCCAAACAGAGUGUCAAAACACCACAAGCUGAUGUACUUUAUAUCAUUAAAGCAGCGAGUGCACAGGAUAAACCAGACGAGGUGCAAAAAGAACUGGCAGAAAAAGUAAAGACCGAGGCACAAGUCCAAGUUGAAGGAAAAGAAAUAGAAUCUAAAGAGGACAAAAAAGAGGACAUUCCAGAAACCGUGAAACCAGAAAUGCGACCAGAAGAGACACCAGAAACACAAGAGGAUGUCUCCAAAGCUUCUACCAAACAAACAAAAGUCGAACCAUUUAAAAGAAAAGUCACAUCCCCUGCUGACCAACAGCCAGUAUGUCAAAAGGUUGAGGCAGGACAAGAGACAUAUCCUGACAAUGAAGCAGAUUCAAAGCAGAGCGUCGAAACAUCACAAGCUGAUGUACUCGUUAUCACUAAAGCAGCGAGUGCACAGGAUAAACCAGACCAGGUGCAAAAAGAGCUGGCAGAAAAAGUAAAGACAGAGGCACUAGUUCAAGGCGAAGUAAAAGAAAUAGAAUCUAAAGAGGACAAAAAAGAAGACAUUACAGAAACUGUGAAAUCAGAAAUGCGACCGGAAGAGACACCAAAAACACAAGAAGAUGUUUCCAAAGAUCAUGCCAAAGAAACAAAAGUUGAACCAUCUGAAAGAAAAGACACAUCCCCUGCUGACCAACAGCUAAUAUGUGAAAAAGCUGAGGCUGGACAAGGGACACUUGCUAAGAGUGAAGCAGACUCAAAACAGAGCGUCGAAACAUCACAAGCUGAUGUACUCUAUAUCACUAAAGCAGAGAGUGCACAGGAAAAAGAGGCGAAGGUACAAAAAGAACUGGCAGAGAAAGUAAAGACAGAGGCACCAGUUCAAACAGACGUAAAAGAAAUAGAAUCUAAAGAGGACAAAAAAGAGGACAUUACAGAAACCGUGAAACCGGAAAAGGGACCAAAAGAGGCACCGAAAACACAAGAGGAUGUCUCCAAAGAUCAUCCCAAAGAAUCAAAAGUUGAAACAUCUGAAAGAAAAGACACAUCCCCUGCUGACCAACAGCCAGUAUGUCAAAAAGUUGAGGCAGGACAAGAGACAUAUCCUGACAGUGAAGCAGAUUCAAAGCAGAGCGUUGAAACAUCACAAGCUGAUGUACUUUAUAUCAUUAAAGCAGCGAGUGCACAGGAUAAACCAGACAAGAUGCAAGAAGAACUGGCUGAGAAAGUAAAGACAGUGGCACAAGUUCCAGGUGAAGUAAAAGAAAUAGAAUCUAAAGAGGAUAAAAAAGAGGACAUUACAGAAACAGUGAAACCAGAAAAGGGACCAGAAGAGGCACCAAAAACACAAGAUAAUGUCUCCAAAGCUUCUACCAAAGAAACAAAAGUUGAACCAUCUGAAAGAAAAGACACAUCCUCUGAUGACCAAGAGCCAGUUCGUCAAAAAGCUGAGGCAGGACAAGAGACACUUCCUAAGAGUGAAGCAGACUCCAAACAGAGUGUCAAAACACCACAAGCUGAUGUACUCGAUAUCACUAAAGCAGCGAGUGCACAGGAUAAAGAGGCAGAGAUGAAAAAAGAACUGGCAGAGAAAGUAAAGACAGAGGCACCAGUUCAAAGCGAAGUAAAAGAAAUAGAAUCUAAAGAGGACAAAAAAGAGGACAUUACAGAAACCGUGGAACCGGAAAAGGGACCAGAAGAGACACCAAAAACACAAGAGGAUGUUUCCAAAGAUCACCCCAAAGAAACAAAAGUUGAACCAUCUGAAAGAAAAGUCACAUCCCCUGCUGACCAACAGCCAGUUCAUCAAAAAGCUGAGGCAGGACAAGAGACACUUGCUAAGAGUGAAGCAGACUCCAAACAGAGUGUCAAAACACCACAAGCUGAUGUACUUUAUAUCAUUAAAGCAGCGAGUGCACAGGAUAAACCAGACGAGGUGCAAAAAGAACUGGCAGAAAAAGUAAAGACCGAGGCACAAGUUCAAGUUGAAGGAAAAGAAAUAGAAUCUAAAGAGGACAAAAAAGAGGACAUUACAGAAACCGUGAAACCAGAAAAGGGAGGCUGUGCUGAGUCUACAGAGGCACAGAGAACACAAGAGGAUAUCUCCAAAGCUCCUCCCAAAGAAACAAAAGUUGAACCAUUUGAAGAGAUUCAAACAAAGGACAUAAUGGACAGUGCAAAAAACGAGGAAGGUACUGAAUCAAAGAAAACAGACAAAGAGUCUGAUCAAAUGCAGAUCAAAGAGCAGCCAAAAGUUGCCGCAAUAGAGACAAAAUCAGAGGAGAAGUCUCAUGAAAAGGCAGAUGGUACUAAAGAAGGUAUGGUUCCCAGUCUUAAAACAGAGGAAAACAUUAAAACAAAAUCAUCUGAAAUACAUAAAGAGGAGAUUCAGGAGGACAAAGAAUCAAAACCUCAUGCAAAAGAAAUCAAAUCUGUGCAAGAGAAACUUUCUGAAGAUAUCAAAGAAAGGGAUAUAAUCAAGCCCGAGGGACAAACACCAAAAGAGUUAGACAAUAAAACGUCUAAAGAUGUACAACCUGAACAAAGUGUUUAGAAGAACUCGCCAGAAAAAGAGCCAAGGAAGGAUCAGAAAGACACAGACAAAGACUUUCAUGCAAUCAAGGACACAAAAAUUGAGAAAUCAUAUGAAACUAAUACAAAGACGGACAGUACCAAGAUGGACAUGACAAAAAGUAAAGACCUUGAGAAGGAUUUUUUCCCCUUUAAAAGACCAAAAAAAUCUGACUCUACAGAGAAAGGCAAAGUUAAAGCUGAGAAAGGGCAGGAAAUCAGCACAAACGUGGCAGCAGUAACUGAGAAUGGAGUUAAUAUAUGUAUAAAUUUAGAGACACCAUGCAGGCAGUAUUAGCAAUGCAGAGUAUGAUAAAAACUUGUGGUUUAGAUAAAUCAUUUAAACUCUCCAUAAAUGUUUUAAGACACUGCAUGAACAACUAUAUAACUGCAUGAAACAACAAAUAAUUGCAGCGUUAAUCUACAUGCAACAUAAGAACAGAUUUUUGCAUGUGUGCUUAUGACUAGCAUAAAUUUAGGCUUAUAAAUUUAGGCUUAUGAAUAAACAAAAAAAGUAAUGUAUAUGUUCAAAUGAAAAUAUUUUGCUAUACCAGAACUGCUUCUAGAUGAAUGUGUAUAUUUAAGAGAAUGCUAUAUAUUGAAAGAGUAAAUAUUAUUUCAGCAUAUUGAGUGGUUUUUGGUGUUCUUUCCCUUCUU